CGUCCCGGCGGCCCGCGGGCCGGGGCGGCCCUUCCGCUGCCGGAGGCUCCAUCCCGGCUUUCCGGUGCCUACCGAGCGGAGCGGAGCCGGGCCCCGGCGGGGGCGGCGGGGACCCUGGAGCCGGAGGGCGAUCCGGAGCCGUGCGGGGCCGGGCAGAGCCCUCCCCCUGCCAUGAGGGGCGAGGCGGCCGCCUGGGCCCCGGGCCCGGCGCAGGCGGCCGCGCUGCUGGAGGAGGCUGCGGACCUGCUGGUGCUGCACCGCGACUUCGCCGCCGCGCUGGAGCGCUGCGAGGCGGGCUGCGACAGCCUGGGACCCGGCCACGAGAGUUUUGCAGAAGUGAAAUGCUCCCUUUGUGUUGUGGGGAUUCAGGCCCUGGCCGAGAUGAACCGGUGGAGAGAAGUUCUGUCUUGGGUCCUGCAGUAUUACCAUGCCCCUGAACAUCUGCCUCCAAAAGUUCUGGAGCUCUGCAUCCUGCUGUACAGCAAGGUGGGCGAGCCGCAGGCGAUGCUGGAGGUGGGCAGCAGCUGGCUGAGCGCCCAGGCCAACCAGAGGCUGCCGGAGCUGGGCUGGCUGCUGGAGCUGUACGUGGCGCAGGUGCUGCUGCCGCUGGGGCGCGAGGAGGGCGCGGAGGAGCUGCUGCGGGGCUGCGCCGCGCUGGACGCCGAGCGGCGCCGGGCGCUGCUGGGCGCCGUGGGCCAGAGCCGCCGCCGCGCCCCGCCGGAGCGGACGCGCCCGGCCGCCGCCGAGCAGCGAGAGCCGGCCCCCGACACUGUCCUGGGAGUGCUGUCCCAAAAGCUCCUGACUGUGUUGACGCUGCUACGUAGAGCUCUGAGGUCCAUGUCCAACCACUUCUAUUUACUUCCUUACAAGAAGAUGCUCUUGGCUACUUUUCUGCUGUACCUGGUGGUGGUGAGAUUAGACCCAGCUUCUCCCACAUCACUGCCAUUCAUUUACAAGCUGGUGCAGCUCUUCCGCCAGGCCUGGGCAGCUGUGCUCUCCCCAAUCCACAGGCCUCCAAUCCAGGACUAAGGGUCUUCCUCCCUGAAAGUGUCCCCUUGCCUUGGGGAUGUCACCAGGCUCUGCAGGGAUGACCACCCGUGGACUCCUGGAGUUUCCUCACACAGGGACUGGUGGUGUGUGGAUUUUGAAGCCACAGCAAAAUAUUCCUGACAUUUUGCUUGGUUCUGUCCAACACUAGGGUAAAGCCAUUCCUUCCAUAUCUGCAACUGGAUAAGAAUCCUCCUUUUCAAACACUUUGCUUUGGAUGUGUCUCUCCAGUGAGGGUUAUGAACCAUGGAAGGAGUUCUCAUCCUUGCAAAUGCUGACAGUUCUCUGAACAAGUGCAAUAGUGUUCCUGGAGGCACGACUGCAAAAGGCAACAGAGCACCAGUGAUCAGGGGAAUAUUCCUUUUUGUCUGAAGACAUCUGAAAAGCCCAGUUCCUGCAGCAUGGGAUUUAGGACAAGCACAUGGAAGAAAACCACUGGAGAAAGUAAAGCCUAUUGCAUUUUGAAAGCCAUGGUUUCUCUUGUGACUGAUGCCUCUUUGGACAGGCACACUGGAUUUUAGUCAUAUUUAAGCCAGGAAGAUGAGGUGGUGGGCCACAAAGACUGUUGUGCUGUGUCUGCUCUUCUUAAAUGCAAAUCACAGCACUUUUAGUGCUUGCCUGAUGCAUAGUCAUUCUUAGAAGCACUUGGUGGUGGUGGUAAGGAAAUAGACUUAUUUUUUAAAAUUAUAUUCUAUGUUAUUUUCUAGUUGAACAACUGAAGUUGUUGCUUUGUUUUACUCUUUCCCUACCUCUUGCUUUGUUUAUGCAGAUGUCAAAAAGUCUCUCUGUAUAGGUAGAAUUGCUCCCCGAGUCCCCAGAAUCCAAAGUCCUGGGUUAGAUGGGAGUCAUUUAGCAAUGCUUUGUCAUUCAUAUCAAAAGUUUAUUUUUUAUAGAAAGACAUACUUGUCUGACAUCACAAGAUCUUUCCCAGAUCAGUGGCAAGAAAAUGGUACAACUGCAGGUCUGUCACCAGACCAGCUCCAUUUCUGACCUCUUGGGGCAGAAAUUGGAGGUUUGGGGUAGAACAUGAAUUUCUCCUCCAUCCAUUCAUCCAUCUGUCCUCAGCUGACAAAAGGUGAAUUCCAGGGAGGGAGCACUGACCUAACAAAGCACUGCUGUGACACUGCUGUGUGCUGGAGGGGACAAGGCAAGGCAAGAGGCCACAGACAAAUUUGUCACCCCAGCUCCUGUGCCAAAAGGCUGCAAACUCACUGAUGUCAGCCCAAAGUACAAAAUGCCAGGGCAGCCUUUUGGUGGGACCACACAAACCCAUGAGAAGCAGCCAGUGUAGAUCCCAGUGUGGUGUCUUACAGCAGCAGUGCCCUUUGUCUCUAGCCAGAAUAACCAGACUCCAAGGGGUGGCUGUUCCUGCUUAUUUCACACCUUGCUACCCUCAGACUGUGUGAUCUGUUGUUUCGCUCCCUACUGGGACACUUUGAAAAGAGUCUCAUCUUCUUUACUAAAAAUAAUUGUCUGUUUCAUCUUAAAUUAGCCCAAAAAAAGAGCUACACUCCAGUGUUAUUUUCAGACAAACUCAAGCAUGUUAUUCAUGAGUGCAGUAACAGCCUUGCCUAGUUGUCUCAGGAGAUUUUAAAACCCAAACCAAUUCCACAUCCCUCCCCAAAAUUUUGGUCUCUGCCAGGAUUCUACUACUCCACUCUUACCAGGUGAAGUAGCACAUAAACUUUCCAUAUAAAAAAUAAUUUCUUACAUACUCUGCACCCAGAGGGAAGAGCAGCCUUUGCUGUUGCUAAAUGGUUCCUGUCAUCCAGCUGUAAGUGUAGCUACAAUACUGAAACCAACACUUGAUGUGAAAGCAGAAUGAAACACAGAAGCUCUGUCUGGAGCUGGGCUCUUCCAAGAAAUGCCCAGGCUGAGUCUUCUGCCCCCUGCUCUGCAAGGCCUCAGGUUUAUCCUUUGUAAGCCAGUUAAUGAAAUGGCAAAAUUCACUCUGAAGUCAGGCCAAAUUCUUACCAAACUGACUGUUAGGUAAUGAACACCUUUUGCUGUAGUCUUGGCAUCGUUUUUAGUUGGAUGGCAGAGAUGCUGUUUUGGAGGUUGGUUUGGACCAGUGGUUUCAGCAGGCCAUACAGAGUUUUUAGAAUGCUGUUAAGUGUCAUUUACCAGGACUUUUAACAUUCAACUUCAUUUUAAGUGUGGGUUGGUAACCUUGACUUUAUUGGAAUACUACUGAUGUAGAAUUUAUAUUGUUUUUAAUUCAUCAUGAGAGAACAAGAAGGCAGAAGUAAGGUAUCAGGGUUUUUUUUGCAAUUAAUACUAAAACUGCAGUAUCUAAUUUUUAUAAUAAAGCGACUACUGAUUUACCUC